UCUCUCUUAACGAGUCAGCUAAGGCUCGCGAGUCGCGACUAGAAUCAGGAUGGAUGCUUCACUGGGCCUCUCUGAUGAUGCUGCCGGGGCAGAGGAUUGGGAUGAUGACGAUAUGGUGAGCUUGAUGAUGACUCAGGUGGAUUCGCCGCUACAAGCGGCCUCGUUGGUGCUCCAAAACAUCAGCAAUUCGGGGAAAAUCCAUGAGAAUGGCCUAAAUGCGGCCGUCUUUUGUCCGAUUUGCAGUUCCGAGAUCACUAGCAUGUCGAUCCAGCAACGCGAAGACCAUUCUAAUUUGUGUUUGGAUCAAAAAUCACAACAUUGCCAGAACGAUGUGCCAUCUGCAGUGGAGUGUUUGGAUAAAAAAUCACAACAUUGCCAGAACGACGUGCCAUCUGCAGUGGAAGAAGAUCAGAAUUUGCCAGUUGAUGUUGCCCCGGUGGUCAGGUUUCUGGAGAAGCUUAACUUGUCCAAAUACGCAUCCUUGUUUAUCAAGGAAGAGAUCGACUGGGACACCUUGCAUUGGCUUACAGAGGAAGAUCUCCGUAGCUUGGGAAUCGAUGCUUUUGGACCUCGGAAGAAGAUUGUUUCCGCUUUAAGGGAGAUGAAAACACCUUUCUCCACCGAAGUUCCAGUUCCGGAGAAUGACACGCACAAAACAAACGAUAACGAAGAAGACGAAGCGCUGCUGCCGCAGUCAGGCAAAAAGUAUAUCACAGAUUUUUUCGGAGCUACUGGAGGAACAGGAGGCACAAAACCCGCUUCUGGAAGAAAGAGAAACGGUGAUGCGUCACUCAGUAAAACUCGGAAGAAACCUUCCAAUUUAUUCAAAGCUGCCGAAGCACGGCAGUGGAUGAAAAUUCCAGGCACAACGUUCAGAGUGGAUGCGUUCAAGCACACGACUACCGAAUGUUCCCAUUGGUUUCUCACUCAUUUUCACAGCGAUCACUAUCAAGGGCUUACUAAAAGCUUUCGGUUCGGAAAAAUCUACUGCUCCAUGAUAACUGCGCGCCUUGUGAACUUGCGAAUAGGAAUUACGUGGGAUCGCUUACAUCCUUUAAACUUCAACGAAAGAACAAAGAUCGACGGAGUAUGGGUGACACUCUUGGAUGCAAACCACUGUCCAGGUGCGGCCAUGAUCCUUUUCGAAACACACGAUGGUAAGUUUGUCUUGCACACGGGAGACUUUCGGUUUUGCGAUGACAUGGCAAGAAUCAUGGAUAUCUUACCAUGUAGAUUGUCUACAUUGGUUUUGGAUACAACGUACUGCGAUCCUCAGUACGACUUUCCAAAGCAAGAAACCGUCAUUCAGUUCGUUAUUGAUGCCAUUCAAGCCGAAUCGUUCAACCCGAGUACUUUGUUUCUAAUAGGAACUUACAGUCUGGGAAAAGAGAGACUGUUCUUGGAAGUCGCUAGAGUUCUUCGGAAGAAAAUAUACGUCGGAGCUGUCAAGCGCAGAAUGCUCGGCUGCCUGGAUCUCAGCGACGAGGACAUGGACUGGAUAACCACAAGCGAGUGCGAGAGCAGCAUUCACGUCGUCCCACUCUGGAGCAUUGCGAGCUUCAAACGGAUGGCAUCCAUCUCCCGGCAUUACCACGGAAAAUACACCACCAUCGUCAGCUUCUCACCGACAGGGUGGAGCUUUUCCAAAGGGAAAAGAGGAACUGGGAAUGGCAAGAGAUGGCAGCAGGGAACUAUAAUCAGGUACGAGGUCCCUUACAGCGAGCACAGCAGCUUCACGGAAUUAAAAACAUUCGUGAAGCUUCUCUCGCCAGUGGAGAUCAUUCCAAGCGUGAAUAACUCCUCGAUCCAAGCAGCCAAAUCCAUGGUAGCCUCGCUAAGGCCUUAGCCAAAGAAUAGCAAAGGAAGAGCUAUGGACGAAAUUUGAGCUUGCGAUUGAUUUCUUUGUCGUGGAUGAGAUUUGAGCCCGCGAUCGAUUGGUUUGUGUUGCCCUAAGAGGUAGGAGCGAUGGCGAUGGCGAUGGCGCUGCGGCAGGCUCUUCUUCGCAAAUCGCCUUUCAAUUCGGUGCCCCGGCGCUCUGUCAAGUACAAUGCCGUGGAACUCCCGACGAACAGCUACAAUCGCUUCGCGCUGAAGAGCCAGGAAGAGGUGGAGCACGACCUCCAUGAGAUCAGCAAAUGGAAGAAGAUAACUCUCGGGAUGAUCAUCGUGUGCCUUUGUGAUGGGUUCUAUGUCUACAACCAUCCGGAAGUUCAUGAGCCCAGAAAAGAGUAUCCAUACAUGAACGUUCGCCACAAGGAUUUUCCAUGGGGCCCGGAUCCUCUCUUGAAGACGCUGUUUGGCACGGAACAUUGAAUGGAGGUGGCUGGGAAAUAAUCCUCCGGAUGCUAGCAGAAUCAAUAAUUCUCACGCUUGGUUCUUGCUAGAGGUCCGUUGAUCCAUGUUCGUGUCGAUAAACACGCUCUGUGCAACCUCUUUUUUACUUCAGAAUCCAGACCAAAGUUUUUGGAAA